AUGGCUUCGCGCACAGAUGAGGACGUCAUAUCCUACUCCCAGCAAACGGUCGACUAUUGGACUGGACUUGUUCGUACCAACCUGGCCAAGGUGAUCAUAAGCGCCGACAGCGACAACCAAGCUGAAAACGAUGAUGUCGCCAUUGAUGAGGAGUUUCUCAAUGCGCCUCGCCGUCGAUCAGCGCGACACGAGCUUGCACAUAUCGUCGCCUCCGAUUUACAUCCGUCGGCCACCCCACAAGAUGUUGGGUCCAUCAUCCAGUACGAGAAAGACAUAGUCAUGCUCAGAGCAAUGGUGUUGAAGCAACGUCGUAAAGCCAUCGAAGAUGCCACAGCUCAUAAUGCGAAAACGCACUGGGUGAAGAGGAUAUCGAAGCAGGGCGCGUGGGACGAGGUCAAUGAUCCGCUAUCCUUGGACGGUCCAGCAUCGCUGCCUAUGCCUGUGGAGGUGUCCGACAAAGAGUCAUUGGCGCCCUUCUUUGCUCAUUUGGGUAACGGCGGCACUCAUGAGCCUGCUUCUAACCCGUCCACAGCAACUUCCAGCACCACAGGCACUGAGCCGUACUACAAGAUCGAGCUCAUCGAGUUUGAGAAAGGUGCACUAUACUCAGAUGGGCGUGUCGAUCUCUGCAAAAUGGCCACCGGUCCACGCAAUAUCCAAGAUUUGAUGGACUCACUAAAAAGCAACACAUUCUCGAAACAUUUCUUGCUCGGCAAUAACAUCAUUGGCCCAGUAGGUGCUCAAGCCAUCGCCGACUCUAUUGUUGACCAGCCGGACCAAUUUGAGACCUGGUACCUUGCUGGUAAUUGUAUAGAUGGUGCCAGCUUCUCCAUACUAGUCGACAGCAUGGUCCAGUCUACUGCCAUUACCAACAUCUGGCUCAAACGCAAUCCGCUUAGUCCUCAGGUGGCCGAGGACGUCUUCCGCUUGAUUACAAGAACUGUCAAGCUGCGAACUCUCGAUCUUGACCAGACAGAGCUGGGUGAUGUCGGCGUGGCCAAGCUGUUUACUUUGCUCGCUGCCCACAGCGAGCCUACCGCACUCCUUCACAUCUAUCUCAAUGCUAACGGCAUCGGUGCUCGAGCGUGCAAGGCAAUAGCCGACUACCUCGCUACUCCGUUUUGCUCAUUGCAGUCGCUCUACUUGUCGAAUAAUCCUAUCGGGGACGAAGGUGCUGCUCACCUGGCAACAGGCGUACAGAACAACACUUCUCUGACGCGCUUGUCCUUACAGUCCUGUGGUCUGAGAACGGUGAUCAUUCUCGCCACUGCACUAUCCACGCACCCUAGUAUCAGCACGAUCGAUCUUGGCCAGAGCUAUGCGACUGAGGAUCUUGGUAUGCGCUUCAAUUGGCUCGCAGCUGGGAACGUUCCCGCAAUCAUCAAUUUGAUUACGACCGCAACCCAGCUACGCUAUGUCAACUUGGCAUACUCACCCAUUCCGCAAUCACAACUUGACAGCAUAUACGCCGCGGCCUUGAAGUCGAAACUGAUCUGGUUCAAUGCCAAAGCCUUGGUCACGGGCGGUACAGACGUGGCCUCGGUCAAAGCAGGCCAGGAGCACGCUCGUCUGAACAGACGUGUUCGAGAGCACCUGCAUGCAAAUGUUCAGGAGCAGUAUGGCAUGGAUUAUGCCCGGUUCGAGGCCGAGCACAAACGCUUCCUAGUCUCGCCACUUGACGUGCGCUUCAUCGAUUCGGUGUAUCGCAAUCGUGAUGCUGGUCUGGCUCGCCGUGGCCUGAAACACCUGCGAAAAGCGUGGGACGAGACCGACGAUACCUUGAAGCUGGUGCAGAAGGGUACAUUCUAG